CUUUUUUUAUCUUUCUUUCUUCUCCAUCGCCUUUCAGCCCCUUUUCUUCUCUCCCUCUCCAUCCUUCACAUACCCGCCUUCGUCCUUCAUCAUGCUCAACGUGCCGCUCUCCGAUAGUCUUGACACGAUCGCAUUCGAAAAUGCCGCCGUCGACUAUCAGCUCUCACAGUUUAUCGACGAGAUGCUGCCCUGUGAGGUCUCGCGAGUCCUUAUUAUCUAUACCGGUGGUACGAUCGGAAUGAGCAACACCAAGCAGCACGGAUACGUCCCCGUGCCAAACUUCCUCGCAGAUACCCUCUCGCAGCAAUCGCGGUUUCAUGACCUGCCCUCGCUCAACGACGUCUUUGGAAGACUCUCGCGAACCAAUUCCGGUGUCAACCUGGAGUCGCUGCCCAACACGAACCUGGGAAAGCAUCUGGACCCAGCCAUGAAUGGCCUUCUCAGUCACCACACCAUCCCACCAGAAUACGCAACGACCAACGGCACCGCAGCAGGGGCAACCCUACCACCCAAUACCCCUGUCAACAAGAUUCGACUCCCCUGUUUUUCUCACCUGCCUAACAGACAGGGCAAGAUUCCGUCGCUCAUCACCCCACCCUCGCUCUACGGCAAGCGAAUCCGAUACUCCAUUCUGGAAUAUGAUCCUCUGCUGGACUCGUGCAACAUGACCAUGACCGACUGGGUCCGAAUCGCGACGGACAUUGAGGCUAAUUAUGAGCUAUAUGACGCAUUUAUUGUUUUGCACGGCACUGACACUAUGGCCUAUACAGCCAGUGCACUGAGCUUUAUGCUAGAGGACCUUGGUAAGACUGUCAUCAUCACUGGUUCUCAAGUACCCAUCACCGAGGUCAGGAAUGAUGCCAUCGAUAAUCUUCUGGGCGCGCUGACGAUCGCUGGCCACUUUGUCAUCCCUGAGGUGUGCUUGUACUUCAGUAACAAGCUGUUCAGGGGCAACCGGUCCUCAAAGAUGGACGCCAUCGACUUCAAUGCCUUUGACAGCCCCAAUCUCCCCCCUUUAGUCAAGGUUGGCAUCAACAUUGAUGUCGACUGGUCCGAAGUCAUUCGCCCCACCUCUCUCUCCCGGUUUCGAGCCCACAAAUCCAUGAACCCUAACGUGGCCAGUCUACGGCUCUUCCCAGGAAUCACGGACUCGACCAUAAAGACCUUUCUGGCCCCAUCAAUCCAGGGAAUUGUUCUUGAAACGUACGGAGCCGGAAAUGCCCCGUCUACCCGAGCAGAUCUGGUGGCUGCCCUAAAGGAGGCAUGCGACCGCGGCGUCGUUAUUGUCAACUGUACACAAUGUAAGCGUGGAUUGGUAACGGACUCUUACCAGACAGGCAAAGUUCUUUAUAACGCAGGAGUCAUCCCAGGAAACGACAUGACACCAGAGUGCGCACUCACAAAGCUGUCAUAUCUUCUCGGGCAUGAUUUGCCUAUUCCUGUGGUGCGCGAGAUGAUGACCAAGAACCUGCGCGGGGAGCUGACAGCGAUUCAGCCUCGAACACGCUUCAGUUACAUCAACCGCACCCAGGCCAUGCUCCAGCUCUUGUUCAGGGCAGCAACAAAUGGAACGCUGACCAAUGCACCCAAGACAGAAGGCAGAGUGGAGUUUUCAGCGAACCAGGCCCAGAAGCAGGCGACAACGGAGAUCGUACAACAAUUGGGGAAGACAAAGAUUAAGGGAAACGAGCCCAAGAAGACGGCUUCGUUCACAAUCAAGGGCCCAGAGUCGUCUUCAAACUCAGAGGCAUCUUCGCCAGUAGGAAGUCCCACACCCGAAGUAACUUCUUCGUUCUCGAACCCAGACUUUGAGCUUGGAAGCGGUCUGUUAACAUUGGAAGAUCAGCGCUGGAUCGAGCGUAGCCUGUACCCUCUGCUAAUCUGCGGUGCUGCCGGAAGUGGCGAUUUGGAGGGUCUGACAAAGCUCUGGGAUGUUAUGACGGAUGGUCAGGGUCUCACCAAGGCGUCGCAGAUCGUUGGGCCUGGAAAGCCGGACGAUGCGACCACACCUGGAUUAGUUGGCAGUGCUGUGAUGGGUGGCGACGGUCUCGGUCUGAGUCAUGGAGAUUGGGAGGGUCGCUCACCACUGCAUAUUGCGUGUAGCGCUGGUCAUUUGGACGUCGUUCGAUUCUUACUGCGCCACGGUGCAACGAUCCAUGCGCGUGAUCGCUUGAACCACACGCCUUUGUACGACGCUGUGACACGAAGCAGCAGUAUGGAAGUUGUGAAGGUGCUCCGUGAUACAGGAGCUCACUUUAACGAUUCAGAGGUCUCGGACCUGGGAUGGAAGCUGAUGAUUGCUGCCUCGGAGGGGGAUUUGAAUCGCGUAUCGUUGAUUGCUGGAGCAGGGUAUGAUCUAAACCGCGCACUUUUUGACCGCAGAACAGUGAUGCACAUCGUCGCAACUGAACAUCGUCAUGCGCUGAUGGAGUAUCUGCUGGAGAACUACCCGGAAAUUGAUAUUGACAUUAAGGAUCGAUUGGGGCGGACAUGUGUAGAUGAAGCUGGCCACUGUGAUGCAUGCAGAUGUUUGUUUCUCGCCAAGAAGAACGGAGAACUGGUCAGCAAGUAAUAGCCCAUAGCGUGCGUCAAGAAGAGUAUUAUUGGCGCCACCAUUAGGGACUUUUUUUACUGAUACCCUUCUCUCUUGAGCGAUUCUUUGCAACAGACAGCUCAUACAAUAUAAUGCUAUCGUGAUAAAGCGUUGAUGCGUUUAUUUGCGGUGGGAAUGACUGGUUAUGGAAUGAAAAUGGAGAAAGCAAA